AUGGAUAACAAGGCUGUUUGGCUUAACGGUCCCGGAACGGUGCCUUUUGUCGGCCCAGCGCCGGUUCCAGAGCCUGGAGAGGGUCAACUUCUCGUGAGAGUGAAAGCGGUUGCAGUCCAGCCAGGGGAGUGGAAGAUCCAAGCAGGCAUUAUUCCGAUUCCGUUGAAGUACCCUACGAUCAUAGGCAUAUCCUUGUCAGGUGUCGUGGAGAAAGUCGGCCCUGGAGUCACUCGUUUCGGUCCCGGAGACCGCAUUGCCAGUAACAGCACAGGAGUUCUCCGUAACGACGCCCAGUUUGGAGCGUACCAGCGUUUUGCCCUCGUGCCGCAAGCGUUGACGUCAAAGAUCAGCGAGACGCCCUUCGAAGAUGCAGCUUCCCUGGCGACUGCAUACGGGCCAAUGAGUGCCCUGUUCCUCCACUUAGGCCUUGAGCGACCCUCUGGAAGAACUGAAGCUGCUAAAAGGGACGAAAAGGUGCUCAUCUGGGGAGUUUCAUCCUCCUUCGGCGCCUUUGCGGCCCAGAUUGCCAAGAUUGCUGGUUACACGGUCGUCGGUACUGCUUCCGGUGGUCAUGCGGAGCUGGCUAAGACAGUCGGUGUAGCUCACUUCGCAGACCGGGAUGCACCCUCCGUCGUCGAAGAUGUUGCGGCUUUGGGCCCGUUCAAGGCCGUCUUAGGUGCCGCAGACUCGGCGGACGAUCAAGUGAAGAUUGGCGAAAUCUUGGCUGCUCAGGGUGGUGGACACUUCCUGUCUACUAUGGGUGUACGCCCCGGAGUGAAGCUACCCAAUGGCGUGACGGGCUCGUUCCAGCAGUUUCUGGACGACUAUCUCGAGCCUGGGAAGAAGGAAUUCACGGAAUGGGUUUGGUGGAGCUUCUUGGAGAAUGCGUUUGCUGCCAACAGUCUCAAGACGAUUCCACUCGAGGUCAAAGGUGGUUUAUCGAAAGUCGUCGAGGCUUGGGGGCUUCUGCAGCAGGGGAAGGUGAGCGGCAAAAGGCUCAUUAUACUGCCUCACUUAGAUUAA